GCUUAAUACUCGACGUUCGACACGCAGCCAAUGGGAGCGUUUCUUACUACCUGGAUUUUUCUAUUAAGUGCUAAGGGCGGUCUCGUUUGUUUUCCACCUCUUGCUUCAUACAGAUGCAAUUAUUAUUUUCUCGUAUACUAAUAUAUUUUUGUUAAAAAUUAAAAAAGUAUAUUUUUUAUUAUAUUUCGUCCAUCAUUAUUUUUAAAGUGACCUCAGGAUCCCUACACAUUUGGCAAUCGCCGUGCCAUCUACUGGUAGAGAUAAAGCUCCCUAUACAUCCUGAUGCUUUUUAGGAUUUGUGAUGUGUACUAAGUUUGGAUAUCUUGAUUAUACAUUCUAUCUAUGAUACAAUUGUGUUAUGGUAUUUUGUAUAAAUCGAUUCAAUUCUUGUCAGUGAUACUUUAAGCAGCUAUCAUUUUUUAAAUGGAUUCAGGUGAGGUGUCAACGCAAAAGAAACAUAAAAAACAUAAACACAAAAAACAUAAGAAGAAAAAGAUAAUAUAUGAUGAUAGUGAUGGUUUUACUGCUGAAGUACCUGAGGGUGAAAGAAAAAAAAUGUUUAAAGUUAAAGUUAAAAAGGAAGACGAAAAGAGCAUUGAAAAGGUUCGUGAAAAAUCUACAAAAGUAACCAAUUUAAGUUCGACAGGAUGUGUUGCCACAUCUUCUUCAAAAGUUCCGACUAAAAAAAAGAUUCCAAAGAGUAACAAAGGAAAAGAUAGCGGUACUAGUAGCGAAGAAGAAAGGUGGUUAGAUGCUAUAGAAUCUGGAAAACUUGAGGAGGUAGAUGAUGAAUUAAAGAAGAUCAAACCAAAAGAUCCAAAAUUAAUGACUGCACGACAAAGAGCCAUGUUUGAAAGGAAAACGGAUACAGAACCAAAUCCGGGAGUAGAACGACUUAUGUCAUUACCAACAGGAUAUAAAGAAAAGGUUAUGACUGCGGAAGCAAUUCAAAAAGCUGCUCUUAAGUCCUUAAAAAGAAAACAACUUGCUGAUGAAAAAAGGGAGAAAGAUAAAAAAAAGACGAUGGAAAGAUUAUUAAAAAAACAAGAAUCGAAAGCUUCGAAAAUAAUUGGUAAAGGUAAACCAUCUAAAAGACAAGUUCCUCUUGUUACUUAUCGUAUGACAAUAGGAGGAAGUUCAAUAUCUUUACCACCGGGAGAAGAAUUUCCACUAAAACCAGCGAAAGUAAAAGAAAUACCGGCACCGGUGCUGUGCAGUGUGAACAAAUGUAAAAAUCUAAAGAAAUAUUCUUGUUCUAAAACAGGUGUUCCUUUGUGCAGUUUAGAAUGUUAUAAGACAAAUAUAUUAUUGAAAGUAUGAUAGUUAAUGUAAAUAGAUGUUAGGAAUGUGUACAAAUGUUAAUAGAUAUGAAUGAUUUACAAGAAAAUUUGAAUAAAGCUAAUAUGUUUGUAAAUAAAUUUUUUUUUUAUAAAGGAAAUGGACUUUUUGGCUUCGUGUUCUGUCUAUUUCAUAAGCCGUGAAUAAUCGGACUUUUGUUUCUCAUAUAUACUAAAAAUUUAAAGAAACAAAAUA